UCACAAGUGAACUUUGAUGACAAAUUCUUCAAGUUUUAUGAACAAUAUUUUUUUUUAAUUGGCUUAAAACUUUUCCUCACCCUCACAUGGACUAACAAUAUGUAACAGAAAGUAAAGUCUGUCAUCAGUUAAUUGUCUUUUCUUCUCCUCACAGUUAUUUAAGCACAUUUUACAGAGGGAAUUUGUUGGAAAGGAAAUGAGGCCGCUCUCCAGAAAAAUCACAGAGUGGGUUUACGGCCCUGUUCACUCCUCCCUCUAUGACAUCAGCUCUGUUGACACCAACGAAGACAACUCUGUGUUGGACAUCAUUGUCUUUGGGAGUGAAAUGCCGAAUCGUCCAGAGAUGCUCCAGGUGGAGCCUCUGCGCAGUCUUCUCAACUACAAAUGGGACAAAUUUGCCUCCAAGUUAUUCUUUAUACAUUUCCUGGUGUAUGUGUUUUACCUGGUCAUCUUCACCACCGUGGCCUGUUACAGGAAGGAGGGGGAGCCACCGUUUCCCAUUGAAAACGUCAUAGUUGACUCCUUCCGCCUCAUCGGCGAGCUCAUCAGUGUCCUUGGAGCAGUGUGGUUUCUAUACAAAGCGAUAACUAUAUUCAGAAGAAACCCACCAAACUUCAACUCUUUGUACACUGAUGGGAUCUGUGACAUUCUGUUUUUCCUGCAGGCAAUACUUGUGUUGAUCAGUGCAAUUUUGUACGUCUGUGGACAGAGAGAGUACGUGGGGCUCCUGGUCCUGUCACUGGCUCUGGCCUGGAUUAAUGUCCUGUACUACUCCAGAGGCUCCAAACACAUGGGCCUCUACAGUGUCAUGAUGCAAAGAAUGAUCCUUGGUGACCUGUUGACAUUUUUAUGUGUCUAUUUAGUUUUGUUGGUUGGAUUUUCUGCAGCCAUUGUUUCUCUAAUGGAGGAUUCCACCUCAGCUCAACAGCUCAACCAAAAGAAUGACUCACUGCCUCGAGGAAGGAGCUUUGACGUUGAGACAUUUCUGUGCAAAAAGCCAACUUACAACGACCUGCGGUUCACAAUACUGGAGCUGUUCAAAUUCACGAUUGGAAUGGGGGAUUUGGAGUUUACUGACCAUGUUCAAUAUAAGGAAGUUUUCUACAUCCUGCUCAUCUCCUACAUUGUCCUGACUUACAUCCUGCUGCUCAACAUGCUCAUCGCUCUGAUGGGAAACACCGUUGAAAGAAUCUCCAAGGAGAAUGUCGACAUCUGGAACCUGCAGAAAGCCUCAACCAUUCUGGACAUAGAGAGGGAUCUGCCGCAGAGACUGAGGAGAAAACCGUUUUUCAAAGAGUCCAGAAUGGUGUAUUUCAAACUUCAUGAAAAUGAUGAGCGUAGGAGAUUUCUCAGGUAA